GCAUGAUCGUGGAUAGCUCGCUUUCAUCAAUAUCAGAGCUGUCGACGCGUAGUUGCGCCACUGUAUCACAGCAGUGGCCAGUGUUUGCUCGUUCUCGUCCGGAAAAAUGUCAGCCAUGCGGAUGAAAGCAAUGAGAUGUCCCACGGACGAGCUCACCCUCUCCAACUGCGCUAUUAUCAACGGCGAUGAUUUCCCCGACGAUGUCAGGCAUAUCGAAGUAACUACUGCACCAAAUUACCACUUUGUGUUUACCAUAAGAAGGCAUCAUGAGAUACCUCGUGGAACGGUCGGUUUCAGCUUGCCACAGCGGAAAUGGGCGACAUUGUCACUCAAUCAGGAAAUCGAGGUCCGGCCAUAUCACUUUGACCCGACUUCUAACACAGAAUGUUUGUGCAAUAUCAUUUUAGAAGCUGAUUUCCUACAGAAAAAAACUGUCACUUUGGACCCAUACAACACAGACGAGAUGGCCAAGGAUUUCCUGCUACAGUUUUCAGGCCAGGCAUUCACCGUGGGUCAGCAGCUGGCAUUCCAAUUUAAAGAUAAGAAACUGCUUGGAUUGGUUGUCAAGAGUUUGGAGGCUGCUGACCUGUCGGCUAUCAGUUCAGGACAGAACACUGUGCCCAAGAAGACCAGGCUGGGCCGAUGCCUGGGUGACACCAUAAUACAAUUUGAGAAAGCGGAAAACUCCAGCCUGAACCUCGUCGGGCAAGCUAAGGGGAAAGCUGUUCGACAGACGAUCAUCAACCCGGAUUGGGACUUCCAGAAAAUGGGGAUCGGCGGUUUGGAUAAGGAAUUCAGCGCGAUUUUCCGCAGAGCGUUCGCAUCCCGUGUCUUCCCGACGGAGGUUGUCACUCAAAUGGGCUGCAAGCACGUGAAAGGCAUCUUGCUGUAUGGGCCACCUGGUACGGGCAAAACACUGAUGGCUCGUCAGAUAGGAACGAUGUUGAACGCCCGAGAACCGAAAAUUGUAAACGGUCCGCAGAUUUUGGAUAAGUAUGUCGGAGAGAGUGAAGCCAACAUCCGAAGAUUGUUCGCCGACGCGGAAGAUGAAGAAAAGAGGCUUGGACCGAACAGUGGACUUCACAUCAUUAUAUUUGACGAAAUAGACGCAAUCUGCAAGUCUCGAGGUAGCGUCGCCGGGAACACAGGGGUGCACGACACCGUGGUGAAUCAGCUGCUCGCGAAGAUCGACGGUGUUGAACAAUUGAAUAACAUUCUUAUCAUUGGCAUGACCAACAGGCGAGACAUGAUCGACGAAGCCUUGUUGAGACCCGGCAGAUUGGAGCUGCAAAUGGAGAUCAGCUUACCGGACGAACACGGACGGUACCAGAUUCUCAAUAUUCAUACGGCGCGAAUGAGGGACUACAAGAAAAUUGCGGGCGAUGUGGAUCUGAAAGAACUGGCUACGUUGACGAAGAACUUCAGCGGCGCGGAGUUGGAAGGUCUGGUCAGAGCCGCUCAGAGUACCGCCAUGAACCGUCUGAUAAAAGCUUCCAGCAAGGUAGAGGUGGAUCCGGCCGCGAUGGAAAAACUGAUGGUCACCAAAGGUGACUUCUUCCACGCGCUGGAGCACGAUGUCAAGCCGGCAUUUGGCACGAGCGCUGAGUUGUUGGGUCAAUUGUUGACACGCGGAAUCAUCAACUGGGGUAGGCCAGUGGCCGAUAUCCUCGCUGACGGCAGCCUGUGCAUUCAACAAGCCCGCGCAACCGAGGGAUCCGGUCUUGUGUCUGUUCUUUUGGAAGGUCCGCCGAAUAGCGGGAAAACUGCACUGGCCGCGCAAAUCGCCAAGAAUUCGGACUUCCCGUUCGUCAAAGUGUGCACGCCCGAGGAUAUGGUCGGUUUUAUCGAGUCUGCGAAAUGUCUCUCCAUACGGAAGGUAUUCGACGAUGCAUAUCGUUCGCAACUCAGUUGCAUUUUGGUCGAUAAUAUAGAACGACUUUUGGAUUACGGCCCGAUCGGACCGAGAUAUUCCAAUCUGACAUUGCAAGCGCUUCUGCUGUUACUGAAGAAGUCACCACCACCUGGUCGUAAAUUGUUGAUUCUAUGCACUUCCAGUCGCAGACAAGUUUUAGACGAGUUAGAAAUACUCUCGGCAUUUAAUACCAUUCUUCAUGUGCCUAAUUUGUCAACCCCUGACCAUCUGCUGAGUGUCCUGGAAGAAGUUGAUCUAUUUACGAAGCACGAAGUGGCUUCUUUGCACGCCAAACUUCAAGGAAAACGCAUAUUCAUCGGUAUUAAGAAAUUGUUGUGCCUGAUAGACAUGGCACGUCAAGUGGAGCCGAGCUACAGGCUCCCGAAAUUCUUAUCGAAGCUGGAAGAGGAAGGCGGCCUAGAAUAAGAAGUAUUCCAUCUCGGGCUGCGUUAGUUUGGAAAACGUAGAUACAGAGGGAUCGCGCGGGCGCUUGUGAACCCUAAUAUGUAUUCAUCCAUUCGUUUUUUGCCUUCUUCGCGCCGUUCAGAUCGAAGCGACUCUGAUCGAACCGUUCGAAACGAACGCACCCUCGGAUUGUAGUAAUUUAUGUAGACGUAGAACGAAACGUAGUCGAUGACACUGGUGUGAUCCUCCGUGUGUCGCGACAAGUUACUGUAUUAGGUAGAGAAUAACACUAGCUUCCAUUGCGGUGCAUAUCCAGAAACGCGUGUUAACUCCAUAUUUUGAGAUACGAACGCGGACCACAGUCACAGCAGGUACCUAAGCGAUCGGUCUCGUAAGCGAAAAACUUGAGAAGGAAAUAUGUCGAGGCGAUUCGUGUAGUAGCUCUUCGUGUAAUAAGUGUAUUGGUCUAGUUUCCAUUCGAUCUUAAAUUUCACCGCAAUAUAAUGGCAAACCCAAAGGGACAGAUUUCCUCGCUUUGCGUCUUUUUAAGAGCUUAAUAGGUCAAUUUGUUCGGGCUUGUGUAUAUGCACGCAUUUGAAGAUAAUCAUAGUUUGCUGCGACUCGAUUGAAUAUACGAUUGUUACAUAGUAAUGUGCGCGACUGUUGUACAGUUACUACGUAAAGAGGUAGAGGAAGUGUUUGGUACACGGCAAACGCAAUACCUGAUUUUAGCGUAAGAAUCGUCUGUUGCAUUCUAUCAAGUGCAUUUCUUCCUUACAUGCCUUACGUAUCUUCAAUACACGAUUGACGAAAUCGCAGGAAGACAUUCGUAGCGAAGAACUUACAUUAGCUACAAAGCAAGGUACUUACAAAGUUAGCUGCAAAGCAGGUUAUUUACAUUAGCUGUUGCAAAGAUAAUUGCACCGUCUACCGCCGAUUUGGCAGCUCGACGCGAAGAUUAGCGUCUCUCUCUUUCUCUCUAAGUUAUAAUCUUGAUUGGGUGUUUUCCAUUUGAUGACGCAAGUCGGCACAAGCAUCAUCCUAUCUUUGUUACUCAUCGAAUACGGAACAGACAAAAUGGUGUCUUGUAUCAUUAAAUGAAAAGUAAGUGAGACUGGAGUGAGGGGGGCUAGUUAGCUAAAGGGGUAAAUUAGCUAAUUGAUUAUUGAUUAUUGUUUGUUAAUAGUUUACCGAAUCGAGCAAGCAGAGAUUUCAAACGUGUCAAAGUUAGUGAUGAAAUCCCUAUUCAUUCGUUUCUGCAACCUAUUAGAAAACGAUAGAAAUAAUCAAUUAGCCAACUUAACCCUUUAGUCAACUAGCCUCGAUCUUCCCCCUGUUUGUUAUAGCGUAGAUAGAGAAAGAAGUUGAGUAUCGCUAGGAUCGGACGCGAGACGACGACAAAAGCAGCCGCAAGCAGCAAACUGAAUGUACUUGUGCAGUUAUAUUACGUAAUUUGCUUUAUUUAUUAUAUGGGGAGGGGCGUUGAGAAAUUAAUAUCUUGAAUGUACAAUGAUGUUCUGGAACGAUGUUUCCUAAUCAGGAUUAUUGCGGGAAAUUUACGUCUCCAUUAUUAAUUAUCGAAUAGCAAUAAUAUAGUUAUAUAUAUAUACAUACACACACAUACAUAUAUAUAUAUAUAUAUAAAGAUAAACUUGUUAUAUUCUCGUAUAUGACGCCGAAUAUUUAUUGUUGAGUGCAUUCUCAAUUGCACAUGUAUAUUAUAUGCAAUCAAUGACCGUGCACAUAUUCGAUAUUUGUCAGUAUAUGUCUCGAAGAUCACGGAUAGACGUGAUGCGAUAGUUAGUUGUGAGGACUGCCGAUUUAGUCAAUACUUGUCAAUAAUCCCCGCUACUCCCUUCGUCGGCACGCUCCGUAAGAUCAUUCCAGGAUUAUUGCUUGAUAUAUAUUUAUUCUACCACCAUCAAAGAAUAAUUACAACGAUAGCCAGGUAAAGCGCGUUAUUACGGAUUGUAUCGCGCUUUUACUCAUACAUAGUACCAAUUAUGAGAUAAGUCGAUGAUUAUGCGAUUUGUUAUUAGGAUGUGCGACAGCUUGUCGUACACAUUGUAUUACUUCGUGCAUAGUUCAUGAAUGUGAAUAUAGUGCGACUUAAGUUUAUUUAUUUUUUUGUACACUAGUAUUUUAAUUGUAUUAUAUCUGUGUUAUGGCUUGAUAAAUGAUCGAGCUAAUUACAUGCAUUAUACAUAUAUGUAUGUACUGAAACAACACAUCGUACAUUGCAGAUGCUUAAGAGAGAAAUUUCGCUUAUGCGGUGUUCCUUACGUAUUGUAAUAUAUUCGACUACUCGUCUGUAUUCAUUAAUGUGACCUGUUACCGAUGCGAGGCAGAAAUAAAAUUAUCCGAAAGUAUA